UUGACCUAAAUGGCUCAGUCAUCUCGACACGUUUCUUAUGUCAUGGCAAUGUUAUGCUUAUUUAUAGCCAAUGCCGUGACCCAUGCCCGAAGACCCACCACCUACUUUGUGGGAGGCCAAGACGGUUGGGAUCCGGUUAUUCUGAUGGACACUUGGGCACGAGGCAAAACCUUUUAUGCUGGUGAUAUCCUCGUAUUCAAGUACGAUGAUCAGAGAUCCAAUGUGGUUGUGGUAAACCGAAUUGGGUAUGAAACAUGUACGGCUAACGAGGGAGCGGUAGAGUAUUCGUCCGGUAACGAUAGGAUUCAGCUUCAUUAUGGUUAUAACUAUUUCAUCGGAACGUAUACUCCCGAGGAUUGUUCCACCGGUUUAAAGAUGGCCAUCAAAGCAUUGGCUCCAAUCUAAAUUAAAUGAAAUCAACUAAAACUAUCAUAAGUGGUAUGGUUAGUAUUUUCGUAGUACUGUUGGACUUAACAGUAACGAUGAUAUAUAUAUGGA